AUGACUGUGAUGUGUCGUAUUCAUACAGUAGAGACACCAUAUUCUUGUGAUAUCUAUGGUAAAUCAUUCACUCAAAGUGGGAACUUAGCUAAACACAAACGUUUCCAUACAGGAGAGAAGCUAUAUCAGUGCAACAUCUGUGGCAAAUCUUUCUCUGCCAGUAGGAACCUAACUACUCAUAAACGUAUUCAUACAGGAGAGAAGCCAUAUCAGUGCAACAUCUGUGGCAAAUCUUUCUCUUCCAGUAGUAACAUAACUAAACACAGACGUAUUCAUACAGGAGAAACACCACAUUCUUGUGACAUCUGUGGUACAUCAUUCUCUCAAAGUGGGAGUUUAAAUGCUCACAAACGUAUUCAUACAGGAGAGAAGCUGUAUUACUGCGACAUCUGUGGCAAAUCUUUCUCUCUUAGUAGUAACCUAACUACACAUAAGCGUAUUCAUACAGGAGAGAAGCCCUAUCACUGUGAUGUCUGUGGUACAUCAUUCUCUCAAAGUGGGAACUUAACUGCUCACAAACGUAUUCAUACAGGAGAGAAGCUGUAUCAGUGCGACAUCUGUGGCAAAUCUUUCUCUCUUAGUACGAACCUAACUAGACAUAAGCGUAUUCAUACAGGAGAGAAGCCCUAUCACUGUGAUGUCUGUGGUACAUCAUUCUCCUACCAAAGUGCUUUCAUUUCUCACAAACAUAUUCAUACAGGAGAGACACCAUAUUCUUGUGAUAUCUGUGGAAGGUCAUUCACUCAACAUGGCAACUUAACUUCUCACAAACGUAUUCAUACAGGGAAGAAGCAAUCCCACUGAUAUUUGUGCUAAAUCAUAAUCUGUAAGGGGUGACUGAACCCUUUACCAUGCAGAUUAUUCUGUCGAAUGUGAGGGUUAUUUAUUCCCAUUAUUUUCAAUUUGUCCUGCAUUAACCCACAGCUUUCAAAUUUUGAUGAUAUGAUUGUGUAUUUUCACAAUGACAUUGUAGGGUAGGUGUAAGAAGCCGACUCUGACUACUUUGAUCAUAAAAUAGGUAGAAUAUUUGGGCCAGAUAUGGCUGGUUUAAAUUCUAAAGAGUGGACACUAGAUGCACCAAGUUGUCUGAUCUGGCAGUGUUUCUACAGCUGGAUGCCCUUCCUAAUGCCAACCUGUCUGUGAGUGUAGUGGGUGCUUUUUACGUGCCACCUGCACAGGUGCCAGACGAGGCUGGCAAACGGCCACGAUCGGAUAUUUUAAAUACAGUCCUGCCCUGUCUCACUGUAGCAUUGCUCUCCGCUAGUCCUGACCUGUAUGUUCGACCCCCAUUCCCUGUCUUACUGUAUUAUUGCUACUGGCUUGCCCUCAACCUAUGUCUUCCACCCACAUGUAACAAGAAAACUUUUUACACACCCUGCCCCCAACAAACCAAUCUACAUCUCUUUUUCACAUUCCUUCCAUACACUAUGCCUACCUCUCACUCCCCCAAUCCUGUCCUCAUGGUGCUGUUCAUCUGUAUCAUUGCUAUCCGGUAGCCCCCUGACCCUAUAUAAUACCCAGGUUGUCAUCACUCAACACCCCCUACACUCUAAUCAUGCUUCCUUUGCAGUAUCCUAUUCCUUUACUACCCACAAGGGGCUA